UGGAGCCUCGGUCGUCACUUCCGCGCGCGGGGCUGGAGGUGGUCAGCGCGGGUUGCUGACCGGCGCUUCAGAACCAUGACCGAGGCUGACGGGCUAAGGCAGCGCCGGCCCCUGCGGCCGCAGGUGGUCACGGACGACAACCGGACGCCGGAGGCCAAGGGCGGCAGCUCCUUCAGCGGCAGAGUGUUCCGAGCCACCUUCCUCAUGCUGGCAGCCUUCCUCACCAUCCCCCUACUUGGUGCCCUGGUGCUGCUGGACUCGCCUAUAGACCCGGAAUCUCUCAGCUUCAAAGAACCCCCUCUCUUCCUUGGUGUGCUGCAGCCAAAUACGAAGUUACAACAGGCGGAAAGGCUAUUUGAAAAUCAGCUUGUUGGGCCAGAGUCCAUAGCAAAUAUUGGGGAUGUGAUGUUCACGGGUACAGCAGAUGGCCGAGUUGUGAAACUUGAAAAUGGUGAAGUAGAGACCAUUGCUCGAUUUGGCUCAGGCCCGUGCAAAACCCGAGAUGAUGAGCCUGCUUGUGGGAGACCCCUAGGCAUCCGGGCCGGGCCUAACGGGACCCUUUUUGUGGUUGAUGCGUACAAAGGGCUGUUUGAAGUAAAUCCCUGGGAACGUGAAGUAAAACUGCUGCUAUCCUCCGAGACCCCCAUUGAGGGGAGGAAAAUGUCCUUCUUGAACGAUCUUACAGUAACUCGGGAUGGGAGGAAGAUUUACUUUACAGAUUCUAGCAGCAAAUGGCAAAGACGAGAUUAUCUGCUCCUGUUAAUGGAGGGGACGGAUGAUGGGCGUGGAGGCCAAGUGCCCCUGCAGAGGCCCUGGCCAAGGGCUCCAGCCCAGCAAGGCUCCCAGAUGCCCCAUGUGACCCUCUGCGUUGGCGCCUGCAGCCUGCUGGAGUACGACACCCAAACCAAGGAGGUGAAGGUUUUGCUGGACCACUUGCGGUUCCCCAACGGGGUGCAACUGUCUCCUGCGGAGGACUUUGUCCUGGUGGCGGAGUUGGCCAUGGUGAGGAUCAGGAGGUUUUACGUGUCUGGCCUGAUGAAGGGAGGGGCUGAUGUGUUUGUGGAGAAUUUGCCUGGCUUCCCAGACAACAUCCGAGCCAGCAGCUCCGGAGGGUACUGGGUCAGCAUGGCGGCCAUCCGGGCCAAUCCCGGCUUCUCCAUGUUGGAUUUCUUAUCCGAGAGGCCUUAUCUUAAAAAAGUGAUUUUUAAGCUAUUCAGCCAAGAGACGGUGAUGAAAUUUGUGCCGCGGUAUAGCCUUGUCCUGGAGCUCAGUGAUAGUGGGGCGUUCCGGAGGAGCCUGCACGACCCCGAAGGGCAGGUGGUCACCUACGUGAGCGAGGCGCAUGAACACAGCGGGCACCUCUACCUGGGCUCCUUCAGGGCCCCCUACCUGUGCAGACUCCGCCUGCAGUCUGCUUAGGCCUGCUGUCACCCUGUGUGCGUUGUUACCCGGAGCCCACUGUCAGCCCAUGCGCCGCCCCUGGGCCUGGAGGCACGUGGACACCCUUCCCCCCAUGCCCACUGGUCCGGGACGUGUGGUGCGGCCCCAGGACACCCUCACCGGGGCUCGGCCUUGCACUUGCUGAGGGGAGGAUGAGUCCUCGUAAAGCCAUUUUCUCUUAAAAACCUCCCCAAGUGUGGUGAUUGUCUAUGGGACCUGGGGACUUGGUGUACUCUGGUGGGGAUGGACUUGUGGGUGAGCAGCUUGAGGUCUCAUCCCUGCUGCUGUCUGUGUCUCACCAGCCUUGGUCUCUUUGCUGAUAAACAGGUGAUACCUGUCUUUGGGGGAGGGACCGCAGGAGGGUGAGGAGAGCGCAGAACAAAUGUGUGUGAGACCUCAGACGGGCUGUGCGGGCGAAGACUCUUCCCCAGAGUCCUAAGGGACUGGGCCUCAGCCCUGGGCGUCCCUCCUGUGGCUCCCACCCUCCUUCCCUGCCUGGCCCCCUCCAUCCCUCCCCUCCCUGGGCCCCCACCAGUGUUCUGAAGGCAAGGACCCAGAUGUGUGUGGAGGAGGAACAUGUUUAUUCUAGCCACUCAGAGGACUAGCCAGCUUCUCUGGACAGCCCUCUAUGCAAAUCACAGGAUGGGGAUGGAAGGUGGACGCCGGGCACCGGGAGCCCUGUUCACAGCUGGUUCCUCGUCCCCAGACCCAGGCGUGAACAGUGCAUGUGCCAGGGUCGCUUGUCUUCCGGUGUCAUAAGCCUGACGGAUGUGUCCACAUGUGGUCCUGGUGGUGGGCGACCCCUGUGGAUUGACCUGUGGAUGGUGUUGCCGGGACUUUGUUCUCUGCUUUGAUUCGCUCCAACAGUAAGUGAGGUCUGCUUUUCCGUGUGUCGUGAGGGCUGUUCUGCUGGGAUCGUGCUUGCUUGCUUGGCGCCUCCCCCAUGGGUCACACACUGACUCGGUCCACACGACACCGCUGUCCUGUCUCCAGCCUACGAAGCAGGGUUGACAUCUGCUCCUCCCUUUCCUGGUAUUCGUGAGAACACAUCAGGGAUUGUGUGUCUGGAGUGGUCUUUGUUAGUUGAAAAGACGGUGUUCUGAAUAGAUGACGACGGUGAACGUCAAGGAGGGCCGACAGCAGUCGUGAGACCUGAACCACUUGUGUCGUGUGCUGACUCAGAUUCCCCCCCCCCCCCGCCCCCAUUUUAGGGGAGGACAGUCAGUCUGACGGGGGCCCAUCCCGGGUCGUCCUCUGCUCAGGGCCAGCUUCCCACACAGCUGCGCAGAGCAGUCAGACAGGCUGCGUGGCAGUGACCUGUGUCCUGUCAGGUGAUGUAACCUCACGAGAAAUGGUGUUUAAUAGGCAACAGUGCACCCGUGUAUGACGUCUGCAGGAACAGUAGGGUAAAACCUGACCAUUCUGCCAUGAAAACGCAGCCCAAGUGCGCUGACCCUGAACGUUUCUUGGUUGGGAGCCGGGAGCCGAGGGCUGUGCUGUCAGCACAGAGGAGCUGGUAGCUUUUCACAGUUUUCAGCAAAGUUGUCUUUUUUUUUUUCUUCUGACUCAGGUGUUGCUUUUCUGUCUCAAAGUGUCAUUUCCUGUGUUCUUUGUGGUUAUUGCCAUGGCAAGGUGUAAAGCAUAGCCUUGUUAGUCUUAAAUAUACGAUAGACUUUUGUUGUAAACAUAAAAUGGAUUUGUUCUAAUGUGAAUUGCUAACAUGCUCUUAAAAUUAAAGCAAGUGAUUCAUUGA